CUUCGUCCCGCCCACGACAACUGCGACUACGCACCCUUUACCACCCACGAACUUCCCGCGAACUAAUCAGUCACAAUGUCCAAGCGAGGUCGAGGUGGUGCCUCCGGCAACAAGCUGAAGAUGACGCUCGGUCUGCCUGUCGGAGCCGUCAUGAACUGCUGUGACAACUCCGGCGCCCGCAAUCUCUACAUCAUUUCGGUCAAGGGCAUCGGCGCGCGUCUGAAUCGUCUUCCCGCUGCCGGCGUCGGCGAUAUGGUCAUGGCAACCGUGAAGAAGGGAAAGCCUGAGCUCAGGAAGAAGGUCAUGCCCGCGGUCGUUGUGCGACAGAGCAAGCCGUGGAGGAGGGCUGAUGGCGUAUACCUAUACUUUGAGGACAAUGCUGGUGUGAUUGUUAACCCUAAGGGUGAAAUGAAGGGCUCUGCUAUCACUGGACCGGUCGGAAAGGAAGCAGCUGAGCUGUGGCCACGUAUUGCCAGCAACUCGGGCGUCGUGAUGUGAGAUGUUUAUUUUCUUGCUCUUCUUCCACAUUUCUGGGUCCAUCGGAAACGGCGAAAUGCAUUGAUGGGGUGGAGGGUCGAAGUCCUCAUUGCGCCUAGAUAGCAAUGGAAGAUCCGUCACAAAACCAGAAAACUAGGUUUUCCAUGGAUGAUUAUUCAGUGAACAACUCAAAGUUAGACAAGCACAGCGUUCUUAAAAUCUGCAAGUAAGAUCAAUGAAUAGUCAAGAAAAG